AUGUCAAAAAGUCUCAUCAACUCAGCUGUCAAAUUGAUCGAGUAAAAGAAGAUGAAGUGGAGAAGUUUCUGUAUUUCUGAUAAUAAACUUGUAUAAACAUGGCAAACACAGGGUUAUUGCCAUUUGUUCGUGGCGUUGAUUUCACUAGUAACGAUUUCAGCGAUGAAAAAUUCCCAGAUGCUAUUAGAUAUAUGACUGGCCUGCAAUGGCUUAGAUUGGACAAAACUAAUUUGACAGACAUACCUGAAGAAUUAGGAAAGCUAAUGAAAUUGGAAAAUUUGUCAUUAAAAAAGAAUAGCUUGGAGAAAUUGUUUGGAGAAUUGACAGAGCUAAAAUGUUUGCGCUCAUUGAAUGUGAGACACAACAAAGUGAAAAGCUCUGGGAUUCCCGCAGAGUUGUUCCGCCUGGAAGAACUCACCACCCUAGAUCUAUCUCACAAUAGAUUAAAGGAAGUACCUGAAGGACUUGAAAAGGCUAAAUCAUUGUUGGUUUUGAACCUUAGUCACAAUAUGAUCGAAAGCAUACCACCGACUCUAUUUGUACAACUGACAGAUUUGUUGUUUCUGGAUUUAUCUAACAACCGCCUGGAGACUCUGCCACCUCAGACCAGAAGGCUGGCUAACCUGCAGACUCUAAUCCUCAAUGACAAUCCACUGGGCCUAUUCCAGCUUAGACAAUUACCAUCCUUGCAAAGUUUGGAAACGUUACACAUGCGCAACACACAGCGCACUGUAGCAAACCUGCCGACCUCUCUGGACACAUUGUCCAACCUUUCUGACGUGGACCUGUCCAAAAACGCUUUGACCAAAGUGCCCGACGCAUUGUACUCUCUGCAAAGUCUCAAGAGGCUUAACUUGAGUGACAACGAAAUCACUGAAGUGUCUUCAGCAAUGGACAUCUGGCAGAAGCUGGAAAGUCUAAACCUAUCGCGCAACAAGCUAACCUCGCUCCCGGCGUCUCUGUGCAAGCUGCAGAACCUCAGAAGACUUCACGUGGACGACAACAAACUAGACUUCGAGGGCAUUCCCUCUGGCAUCGGCAAGUUGGGAAACUUGGAGGUGUUCUCUGCGGCUAAUAACUAUUUGGAGAUGAUCCCUGAAGGGCUUUGCAGGUGCGGCUCCCUCAAGAAACUGAACUUAAGUUGGAACAAGUUAAUCACGUUGCCCGACGCGAUCCACUUGCUGAGUGACUUGGAAAGUCUUCAGUUGCACGGCAACCCGGAGCUGGUGAUGCCGCCGAAGCCGGUGGAGCGCGCGCGCGGCGCCGGCCUGCAGUACUACAACAUCGACUUCUCGCUGCAGGCCCAGCUGCAGCUGGCGGGCGCGGCCACCGCCGAGCCCACCACUCCCAGCAGUGUAAAAUCAGACCCGAUCGCCCGCAAGCUACGCCUCCGCCGCGGGCGAGCGGAGCCCGAGCAGCGCGACUCGGCGCUGAUCCUGCGCGGCAUGCAGGAGCAGGCCAACACGCAGCACGGCGACGAGCGCCUGGACCAGAGGAACAGCGAGCUCAAGCCGAAGCGCUGGGACGAAACGCUGGAGAAACCUCCGCUGGACUACUCGGAGUUUUUCGACGAGGACACCGGCCAGACGCCUGGUCUCCAGGUCUGGGAGAUCGAGAACUUCAUCCCGGCGCCCGUGGAUGAGGUAGCGCAUGGAAAGUUCUUCGAGGGCGAUUGUUACAUCAUCCUGAAGACUGCGAUCGAAGAGCAAGGACAGUUAUCUUGGGACAUUCACUUCUGGAUCGGCUCAAAAGCCACCCUGGACAAAGGCGCGUGCGCAGCUAUGCACGCCGUGAACCUCCGUAACCUCCUGGGCGCCAAGCGGACACAGCGCCACGAGCAAGGCGACGAGACGCCCGAGUUCCUGGCGCUGUUUCCCGCGCCGCCCGUCUAUAUCCAGGGCAGCCAUACGCCUUCUGGCUUCUUCACCGUAGAUGACCCGCACUACGUGACGCGGCUGUACCGCGUGCACGCGGCGGGGCACAGCAUACACCUGGAGCCGGUGGCGGUGCGCUACGACUCGCUCGACCCGCGCCUCGUGUUCGUGCUGGACGCCGGCCUCACUAUCUACUUGUGGAACGGCAAGAAAGCCAAAAACACGUUGAAAUCCAAAGCUCGCCUGUUCGCCGAGAAGAUCAACAAAGAAGAGCGCAAGAACAAGGCUGAGCUGGUGGCCGAGCCGCCCGGGAAGGAACCCGCGGCUUUCUGGAAGCUGCUCGAGUACGACGGCGACACGCCCUACGUGCCCGAGGAGCACGUGCCGAACGACUUUGCGUGGGCGAGCCCGCGUCUAUACCGUGUGGAAUUAGGGAUGGGCUACUUAGAGCUGCCGCAGCCCGAGGCAUGUGCCUUAGCACGCGGCGUUCUAGCCACGCGCAACGUUUACAUACUGGACGCGCACGUCGACUUGUUCGUGUGGUGA